GCAAAGUGGGACAGAGUGCAAACUGCACCUGUCACAUAGCUGGAUAUAUUGAGGCACAGUGACGUUCAAAUGAGCCACUGCAAGACAGUGUAUAGGAAGACUGCUGCAAGAGCUGCCAUGCUAAGAAGAGCCAGGAACGGCCGGGCUCGGCAUUUGGCCUGGAGUGAACAACGGCAAGAGACAGAUGCCAUGGCAGUGAUCCAGCUGUCGGACAGGGAGGAAUGGGAGGGCCAGACGACAACACAGAUCAGCGAUGUGGAGUCUGAGGUGGAUUACCUGGAGACUGCUCAGACCGUAUCUGAGGUGGUGGCCUUGCCCAACACAGCGCCGGUGACAGGGGAGUCUUUCUGCCAGUGUGACCGACAGGAAGAGCUCAUCCCAGGCUUUGGGGUCAGCAGUGACUGCCUCUGUGGGGAGGAGGAUGAGGGUUUUGACUGGGAGUGGGAUGAGCACUUCAAGUCUUCCGGAGCCUUCCUAAGCUGCGACAACAGGAAGGUGAGCUUUCACUCAGACUACAGCUGCGGCACGGCUGCCAUCCGUGGCACCAAGGAGCUUACAGACGGCCAACACUUCUGGGAAGUCAAGAUGACCUCUCCCGUCUAUGGAACCGAUAUGAUGGUGGGAAUUGGGACUUCAGAGGUGAACCUGGAGAAGUUCAAAUUCAGCUUUGGCAGCCUGCUGGGCCAUGACGAAGACAGUUGGGGGCUCUCCUACACAGGUCUCCUCCAGCACAAAGGGGACAAAGUGAAGUUCUCCUCUCGGUUUGGCCAAGGCUCCAUCAUAGGAGUGCACCUGGACACCUGGCAUGGCACCCUGACCUUCUACAAGAACCGGCACUGCAUAGGUGUUGCUGCCACACGGCUGCAGAACAAGAAGUUCUACCCCAUGGUGUGCUCCACAGCAGCUAAAAGCAGUAUGAAGGUUAUCCGUGCCUGCUACACACCCACCUCCCUGCAGUACCUUUGCUGUGCCCAGCUCCGCCAAAUGUUGCCCCACUGUCCCGAUGUACUUGACGCUAUGGAGCUGCCCCCAGGCCUGCGCACCCUCCUCCAAAUACAGCUAGGCUGGGUCUUCACCCUCAGCAGCAACCCUGAAGCCUCGGAGCAGCCCGAGGACUUGCCUGAGGACUUCCACGAGGAGAUGAGCCUGCCUUCCAGCCCCAGCCCCAUCCCGAGCCCAGUCUCCACCCUGAGUGCCUGUGCCUCCCCGAGCCCCUGCACCAGCCCAUUACUCGACACAGUCCCGCAUCAGUGCCCCUGUCAAACGUCACCUCAAAAUCAACCUUGCACUUGCCACUGCCCUCCAACUCCUCCCAGCAGCGACUACGACAGCUGCUGCUCCGAACCGGAGGAUUACCAAUGCAAGAGAUGCCGCUGGACAUGACGAGUAGUCAAAAACGUAUCUGUAAGUGUUUGGCACAAAGCUAUUCUACCAUUGCCAUCGACAUCUCCUGUUGGAAAUCAUGGAGAUAAGAGCAGUCUCAUCUUUUAGCCAAUAUUUCUUAAUCUACAUUUUGAGUGGAUUGUUACAUCUCUUUUUUUAUUUAACAAGUUUGUGACAACUUUGUCAGGGAAUGGGGAGAAGGGAAUGAGUGAGACAUGUAAUGAAGUUGAGAUUUUAGAAAGACAUCGAGGUCAUUCAUUCUCGUUUUAGCCAAUUUCUAUCUUGGUGUUAACACUGUCUUUGGAGGGCUUGAUGUUUGCCAGAUUAGACUCUGACAGAAAAAAAAAAAAAAAACGAACAAAAACUUGGAAAACAUGUUACAGUUUAAACUUGUUAUUCUCAGGGAUAGACUCCAGGGGGAAAGGAGUUGCUCUUUUGAUACUCUGGAAAUCACUUUUUGUAAAUGCGUUUUGUAAUCAUCCUUUGGCUUGAACAUCAACAAUGGUUGUGUUCUUGCUUUAUAAGAGGAUUUGUUUUUCUAUUUACAGUUUGUUUAUGAACUUUCUUACUCAGGAAAUUCUCUAAAAUAAAAGAAAAAUGACAA